CAUCCUUUAUCCAUUAAAUGAAUACUUAAAUCAAUCAAAAUACAUCUCGUUAAAGUAAUCUUAUUUCUUAAAUAUUCUCUCUCAGAAAAACAUUAAAAGGUGCUUAUUCUCUAAAUCCGCAUUAAACAGAUUUAGAACCCUAAUUAUCAGAUUUUAAAUGUCAUCAAAAAUAUAUAUAGAGGUAUACAAUAUAUUUAUUACUGGUUAUAUUAUUUUUGAACGUGAAGAGUGAAGAGUCAAAGAAAUUUAGUGAGUGAGUUAAAGAGUUCCGAGGAUUGAAUAUCUAAAAGAAACGGUUAUCAAUGUUAUCAAUAUUUGUAAUUCUGAUUGUCGUUCCUCAACUAUAUUCAACAAAUGUAGAAGACAGAUCACAAUGCAUUUGCGUCCCACAACACCUCUGUGCAGACAACGAUUAUGGAGAAGGAAACUUAGACAUUAGACUGGAUGAAAGCGAAUGCCAAAAUUAUUUCGACGUUUGCUGCGAAAAUCUAGUGAACAACUUCUCCCAACAAACGAAACAACUAGCAUUCAAAGGAUGCGGCCUAAAAAACCCCAUAGGAAUAUCUUCAAGGAUUACGUCAGAUUCUAAGCUAUCACAAUUCGGCGAACUUCCUUGGACCAUCGUUAUAAUGCAAAGGGAUGUAGAGAAGACAGAAAGGAAUAUGUAUAAAUGCGGUGGAAGUAUUAUUCAUCCACAAGUUAUCCUUACUGCUGCUCAUUGUGUAAUCGGAAUAGAUCCAAGCGUUUUAACAGUAAGAGCUGGUGAGUGGGAUACAAAAUCUCAAGAUGAACCGAUACCACAUCAAGAUUUACCUGUACGAGAAGUAUUAAUCCACCCAAACUUCCAUGGUGGUUCAUUAAGAAACGAUAUUGCAUUGCUGUUUCUAGGAGAAAUGAUUGAACUUAAAGAAAACAUUGGGAUUAUAUGUCUACCUCCUCAAGGUUCUAAACUCGAAAACUCCAUGUGCACGGCUGGGGGCUGGGGCAAAGACGCCUUCAGAAGAGGCAAACAUUCGUCUAUUUUAAAAAAAGUUGACUUACCUCUCGUGCCGAGAACCAAAUGCGUGGCGGCUUUGAAGAAAACCAGGCUCGGUGCAUUCUACAAGCUUCAUAGAAGUUUCAUAUGUGCCGGAGGUGAAGAAAAUAAAGAUACAUGUAAGGGUGAUGGUGGAAGUCCACUUGUGUGUCCCAUUCCUGGGUUACAGAACAAAUUCUUUCAGAUUGGGAUUGUAUCUUGGGGUAUUGGUUGUGGGGAAAAUGAAACGCCGGGGGUGUACGUGAAUGUCCCUCUAUUUACGAAUUGGAUUGACAAACAGUUGACUGCUAAAAAUUUAGAUAGUUCUAUGUACAAAUAUGGAAUAAUUUAGUGACAAUCUAUUAAAACAGUGC